AUGGCAGAUACAGACUACAUUCCAUUACCACAGAGCGCAGGUUAUGCUGUUCUUGUUGGCUUAGGCGGCUUAUUCGCAGUGGGAAUGAUGCUUACCACUUACUUAUUAAGAAGAUACAAUAAAGAAAUUAUCACGGCUGAAGAGUUUGCAACUGCAGGAAGAUCAGUUAAAUCCGGAUUGAUUAGUUCCGCAGUUGUUUCAUCUUGGACAUGGGCAGCAACUUUAUUAACAUCUACGACCCAAACAUACAAGAAUGGAGUUUUCGGAUCAUGCGGGUAUGCAUUUGGUGCCACUGCUCAAAUCACUUUGUUUGCGACAUUGGCAAUUAAAGCCAAAGAGAGAGCACCUCUGGCAAGAACUUAUAUGGAAAUUAUCAGAGCAAGAUAUGGAGCACCUGCCCAUAUUGUUUAUAUCAUUUGGGGUUUAGCCACUAAUGUUAUGGUCACAAUAAUGUUAAUCACUGGUGGUGCAGCUACUGUUCGUGAUUUAACUGGUAUGAACCCAGUGGCCUCCUGCUUAUUGAUUGGUCUUUCUCCCACUGUGUACUCAGUAUUUGGUGGUAUCAAAGCUACCAUUUUAACGGAUUUUGCUCACACUGUUGUGUUGCUUAUUAUUAUUUUGGUUUUUGGUUUCAGCACUUGGGCUACAAGUCCUGUUUUGGGAUCGCCUGGUGUUGUUUGGGACUUGGUGACUAAAGCUGGGGAAGAGUAUCCCGUAGCUGGAAACCAUGAAGGCUCGUACUUGACAAUUAAUUCUCGAUCAGGUGGAAUCUUUUUUGUGAUUACCAUCGUUGGUGGGUUUGGAAAUGUGUUUUUGGAUAAUGGUUACUACAACAAGGCAUUUGCUGCUGAUCCAGCUUCCGCUUAUAAAGGAUACAUAUUGGGCUCAUUAGCGUGGCUUCCAAUUCCAGCAUUUUGUUCGUUGACUAUGGGUUUAGCUGGCUUAGCCCUUGAACGAACAGACCAUUGGCCAUUAGGAAGACCUAUGACCCCACAGGAAGUGGCAGCUGGCUUGGUAUUACCAAACACGGCUUCAGCUUUAUUAGGUAAGACGGGUGCGGUGCUUAGUUUAAUUGUGACUUAUAUGGCAUGCACCAGUGCCAUGUCAUCGGAAUUAAUUUCUGUGUCAACAAUUGCUACAUACGAUAUUUAUCGAACUUAUAUCAAGCCUGAUGCAAAUGGUAAAAAGUUGAUAUUCAUUUCGCAUGUCAGUUGCGGUGUGUUUGCUUAUCUUAUGGCUGGAAUUUCAAUUGGACUUUACUAUGCUAAUGUUUCAAUGGGGUUCUUGUAUGAAUUGAUGGGAAUUCUUGCAGGUGGCGCGGUGUUAGGUUCGGCAAUGACGAUCUUGUCGUCAAAGCAAAACUGGCAAGCUGCUACUUUCUCCCCUCCCAUUGCUGCUACCAUGGCAAUUAUGUCGUGGUUAGUUGUUUGCAAAACCAAAUUCAAAUCAAUCACCUAUGACAACUUGUUUGAGGAUGAUGCUAUGUUGACGGGCAACAUUGUGUCUUUACUUUUCCCCUUGAUUACAGUUCCAUUAUUUACCAUAAUUUUCAAACCACAAAACUUUGACUGGAAGUUAUUGGAGACACGAAUCACCAGGGUGGAUGAAACAGAAGAGUUAUUAGCAGCUACUGGUAAAAAAUACCGUGACGAUGAGAAAUUGAAUCCUGUAAAGUCAGAUUUAUCAGUUAUUGCUAGUUGCUUGGCAGAAAACAAACGUGACAAAUAUAGGCACGAGCAGGAGCGGUUGCACAAAGCUUUCAAGACAACAGCUAUCGUGUGUGUGGUUUUGUCCUUAUGUUUGGUUAUACUUUUCCCUAUCCCAUUAUACGCCAGCAAGUAUAUUUUCUCAAAGAGAUUCUUCACAGGCUGGGUGAUUGUUUUCUUUAUUUGGAUAUUCUACACCGUGUUCCAAGUCAUUGUAUAUCCUAUUUGGGAAGGAAGAGCAACAUUGUAUCACACAGCAAGAGGCAUCUACUGGGAUUGUACAGGACAGUCGCACAAGUUAUAUGAAUGGCAGGAGUCUCAUCCAGAAGACUUGCAUGCAGUGCAGUCACAAGUAAUUGCCCAGUUAUCUCAGGAGAAUAGUUCAACUGCAGAACUAGGCCAUGUAACAGCCUUAAACGAAAGUCAUAUAGAUGACCGUUUAGCUGAUGAGAAGAAAUGA